AUGGACAAGGCAAAGGCAGCAGUUGGAAGCUUCCUCCACAAGGAUGGAAAGCACGACACCACUGUCCACGAGACCGUCAACCCAGCCAUCACCAACGAGAACGUUACCCGUACUCAACAUGAGAAAGUAACAACCGCAGUUGACAGAGAGGUCCACCAGGAUCAUUACCACACAUCCGUCCAGCCCAUCAAGGACCGCGAAGUCCUCCCAGAGCAACACACUCACCAGAUGGCCGGUGUCGAGACUCGCAACCUGAAGCACGGCAGCGAUGAUCACGUCAAAGAGCGUCUCGCUGCAGAGCAAGCACAGUUCAAGAAUACUCGCACAGUUGGGGAUACUCAACACACUUCAUCUGCCAACCCAGUCAUUGCUGGCGAGCACAUCCACCACCACGUUCACGAGAAUAUCCAACCCGUAAUCCAAAAGGAGACCAUCCAGCCAUCUGUUGUUCACACAACUGUGCCCGUUCACGAGGUUCACCAGAACGAAGCCAAACACCACACAGCUACAACCCUCCCACCCGUAACCAUGGACGAGUUCAAAAAGCAAGGCGGACACCUCUCCGGCCGAGACGAGCGCACAGAUGCAUUCGCUGGCGAGCCUCGUGCUGUUGGCGGAACUCUCGGAGGCGCAGGUGCCCGCGGCACUACCUCCUUGACUGAGAAGGAUGGUCAUCACAACAGCCACGGUACUCACGGUAAUGGUUCUGGUGUUGCAACUGGCUCAGGUGUUGGCUCUACCAACUCUCACUCGACUGCCAAUGCGACGGGUCAUAAGCCAAGUUUGUUGGAUAAGUUGAACCCGAAGAAGGAUGCUGAUGGGGAUGGAAAGGCUGGAUUCAUGAAGUAG